GAAAAUAUUAAAUCAUUUUUCUGGUCUGAAACAAAUAUCAAGAAGCAAAAUUUGGCGGAACAUUUGUUUCCUGAUGACGUCUGCUAUUUCCAUUUUCCCUUCAUGAGGAUGCAAUUCUUGCCAGGGGAAGUUGGAAUUUUGUGAAAAAGAGAAUAAAAGCAUCCAAUACUCAACAUGCCAGCAUUAGAAAGUCUUCCAUCGAAGAUUAACAUAUCUGAGCAUGGUUCAGUUCCUAUACUUGUUUUUCAUCGCCGUCAUUCCUGGCAUCUACUCCCAGCCAACAAGGUUUGCGGGAAACAGUAGAGAAGAUCGUGCUGGAAAUGAAACAAUGAUUAUUGUGCCCAAGUCUAGUACAUUUUUACCAAACGAGCAAGAAGUAGUUUACAAAGGACUUUUAGAUGAGUGCAAAAAUUCGGAAAGUAAUACGGACGUCGAAUGUCCCCAAACCUGCGUAAAUAACAUCGAUGAGAAUCGAAUUCCUCGUCUUUUAGUUAACAUAAAAUGUCAAACUUCUACUUGCCAUAGUGUCGUCUAUACUUUUCCUGUUUUUUACAAAGUGAAAGAGACUAUCAACUUUACUUAUUACGUUCAACAUUCGGAAGAGGUCCACGUCGGCUGUGUCAAAAUGGAAGAAACCAGAUAUACGCCAGUGUACGAAACACGAUCGCCGUAAUUUAUAUUAUGUACACAAAUAUGUUACUUAAUUUAUUAUGUUAAUAAUUUAUUAAUUUUAUUUAUUAUUUAUUUAUUUUAUUUAU